AUCGGGGCUAUUCAAUAGAAUUACCCUUAUAUGUCUUGUGUUGUCUUGAAAAACUCUACACGCGUGUUUAUAUGCUUUCCACUGUGUGUGUCUCUCCCCUUUGAGAAUUGAGAUGGGGGAGGCUGCAGUGAGUUUCUUGCUGGAGCAACUGAAGGGGGUGGUGACAGAGUACAAAGAGCACAUCUCCGGAGCAGAAAGUGAUUUCGACGAGCUGAAGAACGAGCUUGGUAUGCUCAAGGCUUUCCUCAAGGACGCGGCCAUGGCGACGAAGCAGGAGCAACUAUUCAAAGAAAUGCAGAAGCAGAUAAUAGAGGUCAUCUACGAGGUCGAAGACACCAUUGAUACUUGCCUGUCCAAGGCUAUCGAGGCCAAGGCCAAGUCCAAGAGGCAUUGUCUUUCCAAAUCAACGAAAAGUAUCAGCCUCUUCAGAGAGGUCAAUUCCAUUAGAGAAGAAAAAGUGUUACCGAUGUUCAAGAGAGCCAAGACCAUGUUUUCUAUGAUGCAGAUCGGCGAUGGAUCCGGAGCCGUCGAUGAUCAACGGACUAAAUUGAAAAGGAAUGUUCAAGAUCGAGACAAAAUGGUGGGGAACUUUGGUGAGGGUGGAGGCAGCGCGGGGGAAGGAGACGACUUAGAGUAGGAGAAGAGUGAGAGAGAGAGGCAGAUUAAGUGGGCGACGGUGGCGGAGGGAGACGACUAAAAGUAGGCGACAGAGGCGGCGCAGAACAUUGAACGGCGGUGGACGGAUCUGGAGAAAUCUCCAUUUUCUUUUCUCUAUCUUCAGUACACAGAGGGUGGAGGAGUAAGGUGAAGGUGAAAGGGAAAGAUGGGGAGUCGAGGCGGGCGGGAGAAAGAGACAGUGGGUUGGGAAAAUCUGAGGGAGAUGGAGCAGAAACAUAGAGGCUGUGGGUAGGGAAGAGAGAGAGAGAGAAAUAAUGGAGUAAUUAAAAUUUUUAAUUAAGCUCUAAUUAUGGCCUAAAUGGGAAAAAGAUCAUAUUACGGGACCACUAGAAAAGAAUACAGACCAUAAAUAAUGGGACGGAUGAAGUAACAUUUUUUCCCACCGUCAAUACAUUUAACAACUUUUUAAAAAAACUCGUGUUUUGUUAUUUCUUUUU